AUGUCGUCGACAAUGCUUCGCCAUGUUAGUGCAAUAUCAUCACAUCGCACCUAUCUACAUGGCACCCGACGGAGUAGGUCAUACCUUCGUUGUGUCAGUGGUAGCCAAUUGCCGCCAUCGUCGUCAUCUUCAAUAGGCGGAAGAAAGAGGCACGCCCCUUGGAAACCAACCACUCCAUUGUUGUCCUCAAAUCCUGUUCGAUGGCAUGCCUCAGUAUUUACGCGAGGAUGGGACGACAAGGAGUGGCAUCAACAGGACUUCUUAAAGGAUGCAACAGUCAAAGAAAAAGAAUCUUGGUUGCAAGCCAUGCUGAAAUCUCAACCACAAGAUCUGGACGUCCAAGCCUUUUUGAUUGUGUUGAACGCGCUAGCGGCUCCCGACCUUGAUGAUACGGGAGCCCCGCGACGGGCCGAACAUGUGAUGAGUCAACUCAAAAGACACUCCGCUUUACAUCCAACUCCUGAAUGUUACCAGGCUGCCAUUCAAGCCUGGGCCAAUGCCAACAAGGAAAAUAUUUUGGUGGUUGUCAAUCGAUCUGAACGAUGGUUGAAUGAGCUGGUUGCCGAAAGUGAAAAUGCACCGGAACGUAUACGACCCACCAUUGAAUGCUACAAUGCCUUUUUGGAUGCCUUGACUCGAGGUAGGUCAGGAUCCAACAAGCGCAAUCAAACUAUUGUUCAAUCGAAUGCCGCACAAGCGGAAGGAAUCCUGAGGCGCUUGCAUUCGGAAUUUCAUCACUUUGGCGAGGCCGCUACAGUAAUACCCAACACUGAAACUUUCAACUUUGUCAUUCGGGGAUGGACUCGAUGCAAGCACGAUACCAUUAUUGCCACGAAAGUACUGGCACUGCUACGAUUGAUGGAGUCCUAUCAACGAGAGAACCCAACAUCGUCUCGGGUGCUUCCAGAUACACGUUCAUAUUCCAUGGCCAUUGAUGCAUUUGGGUCAGUGGCAAAAAUGAAGGCUCGAUACUGUUAUGAAGGGCACGGUUUUACCAGCGAUCCUUCCAUGAAUGGAAUUAGUGAAUUGGAAGAGGCCCAUUCGAUUCUCAAGUACAUGCACGACUUGCAAGAUGCUGGAGUCAAGGGUGUGGUGCCUACUGCUGUCCCUUACAACAUUCUGAUUACUGGUUGGGCCGCCAUUGCGGCGUAUGGACACGAGGAUGCACCCUUUAGGGCGGAGGCAAUAUUACGAACUAUGAUUUCACAGAAAGACAAUGGUUUUGCGGACCGAGCUCCCGAUCGAAUAUCCUUUGAAAAGGUCAUGUCCGCAUGGGCCAAUUCGAAGCAUCCCAAUGCUGGAAAACGAGCGAAUUGGUGGCUCAAACGACUCUGGAAUGAUGCGGAGGUAGACAGCAACGCCGCCCUCCUUCCUACCAAAACUACCUACAACAUUGUUAUGCGGGCACUCGCAAAGACGGAUGGGGCUAAGGCAGCCGAAACUCUUUUACUAACAUUGGGAGACAAAUACAAGGAACAAAAGGAAAUGGAUUUGUGUCCUAAUUCGGAAUCAUUUGCUAUUGUAAUUCGGACCUGGCUACACAAGGCCAAGAAGGAACGAAAGGUGGAAGAUCGGAUAGCUGCCCUCCAGCGGGCCAUUGAAUGGUUGCAGAGUUUGCAACAAGUAGAAAACGAACAGAAUUUGUCCACAUCUCCAGAACUUUAUUUGGGAGUUUUACGGUGUGCCACCAAAUGUGCUCGCAGGCGAAGAGAGACGCUCAAGUUGGCCACAGAAACCUUUGAGGCCAUGAGAAAUUCGAGAUUUCAAUACGACAGUCAUCCAUAUUGCUUGUUGCUCGAAGUCGGCCUCGAUGCCUUGUCAGGCCCAAAAGACGACGACGAACGUACCCUUUUUGUUGAAAACAUGUUGGCCGACUGCAGCGAAGAUGGCUUGGUGAGCACUACCUUUCUCCAGGCCAUUACCAAAAGCCGCACGUAUGCUAGUGGGUGGACCAACGAUGCCAAACGAGAACUGAUCCAUCAACUCUUUUCCGAACGGCCACUUCCGCCAUCGUGGAGUCGAAAUGUGUCGAACCCUCGAUUGGUCCCCAAAUCGAAUUAUGAUGGGCGCAUUAGGUAG